AUGCCUGAUCUCGCCACCUCGCUGCAAGGCCGUAGCCCAGGCAAAACCUCACAUCGAGGUCGCGACCAAAGCGAGAUCUCUCCCUGUGACGCCGCUGCCAUGCUAUCGCUAAGAGAGGAGAGGGAAGGCGAGAAGAUCGAGCAUACCGAUGGGACGAUGCAUACUGGUGCUAGAGAUCGAAGAGGAGAGGAGAGGAACAUGCUAGAGAUUGGAGAGGUGCCGGUGCCUCAGGGAAAUGGAUUCUCUGAUUCUCUUGUCCUGAUUCGUUCCUGGACCAUGAUAAGGAGAUUGGUGAGAAAUAAUGACCCACAUCUGUUAACAGAUGCUCGGCAUCCCAGCCAAGAGCGAAGCGUACGGCAGCUUCAGAGCUUCUACACCCACCUUCUUCCACUCCGAUACCCUUCGGUGAACUCCGUCUUCCACCCGAUCGACAUGUGGAAGCUCAAGGUGGCUGAGGGCGGCAGCCCCUGGUUGCGCACGACUAACAAUCACGUCGGCAGACAGUUCGACCCCAGCCUCGGCACGCCCGAGGAAAUCGAGGAGGCGCAGAGGGCGCGAGAAGCUUUCCGCAAGAGCCGGUUUGAGAAGAAACACAGCGCGGAUCUGCUCAUGCGGUUGCAGUUUGCAAAGGAGAAUCCACUUGAGAUGGACUAUCCUAUCAUCAGGAUUCAAGAUGAUGAAGAUGUCACGGAAGAAGCUCUAGUCACUUCCUUAAGAAAGGCCAUUAGCAUUUUUUCCACUCACCAAGCACACGAUGGACACUGGCCUGGGGAUAAUGCAGGCCCAAUGUUUUUGUUGCCGGGAUUGAUUAUAACUUUACAAGUUACUGGAACUUUAAAUAGUGUUCUGACAACUGAACACCAGAAGGAGAUCUGUCGUUAUCUCUACAACCAUCAGAACAGAGAUGGAGGGUGGGGUUUGCAUAUUGAGGGUAAGAGUACUAUGUUUGGUUCGACAUUGUGUUAUGUUACUUUAAGGUUGCUCGGACAAGGACCUGAUGAUGGAAAUGGGGCAAUGGAAAGAGGGAGAAAAUGGAUCUUAGACCAUGGAAGUGCAACUUGUACAACAUCAUGGGGAAAGAUGUGGUUAUCCGUGCUUGGAGUGUUUGACUGGGCUGGUAACAACCCUUUGCCACCAGAAAUGUGGUUACUGCCAUACUUUGUACCUGUUCAUCCAGGACGAAUGUGGUGCCACUGCCGGAUGGUUUACUUGCCUAUGUCAUAUAUAUACGGGAAAAGAUUUACGGGCCCAAUUACACCAAUAAUCUUAUCAUUAAGAAAUGAGCUAUUCCAUUGCCCAUAUGACCAAAUAGAUUGGAAUCAGGCUCGUAAUGAAUGCGCAAAGGAAGAUUUAUACUAUCCACAUCCAUUUGUACAAGACAUCGUUUGGGCAUUCCUUCAUAAAAUUGUUGAACCUAUUUUAAUGCAUUGGCCUUGUAGCAAGUUGAGAGAGAAGGCUAUUAAUAUUGCUAUCCAGCAUAUUCAUUAUGAAGAUGAGAAUACUAGAUAUAUUUGCCUUGGUUCAGUUAACAAGGUACUUAAUAUGCUUUGUGUUUGGAUUGAAGACCCAAAUUCAAAGGCAUUUAAGCUACAUCUUCCACGAAUAUAUGAUUAUCUAUGGUUAGCUGAAGAUGGAAUGAAAAUGCAGGCCUGUAAUGGAAGCCAGUUGUGGGACACAGUUUUUGCUGUUCAUGCAAUUAUGUCAAUUGAUCUUUCUGAGGAAUUUGGUGAAACACUCAAGAAGGCUCACGAAUUCAUUAAAAGUUCACAGGUCCUUGAAGAUUGCCCUGGUGAUCUUGAUUUUUGGCACCGCCACAUCUCCAAAGGUGCAUGGACCUUUGCAACUGCAGAUCAAGGGUGGACUGUCUCAGAUUGUACAGCAGAAGGACUUAAGGCAGCUCUCUUGUUAUCUAAGGUUACUCCAGAGAUUGUUGGUGAUCCAAUUGAAACAAGGAAGCUUUAUGAUGCUGUUAAUAUCAUCCUUUCACUAAUGAACAAGGAUGGUGGUGUUUCUGCUUGGGAACCUACAAGGUCCUAUGCUUGGUUGGAGAUUCUUAACCCUACUGAAACAUUUGAAGAUAUUAUUAUCGACUAUUCGUAUGUCGAAUGCACCUCAUCAACAAUUCAGGCAUUGACAUCAUUUAAAAAGUUAUAUCCAGGUCAUCGGCGAGAUGAGAUAGAUGAUUGUAUUAACAAAUCAACACGUUUUCUUGAAAAGAUACAGCGAGAUGACGGCUCAUGGUAUGGAUCUUGGGGUGUUUGCUUCACUUAUGGCACAUGGUUUGGAGUGGGGGGACUGCUUGCUGCUGGAAGGACAUACGAGAACAACUCUUGUAUUCGAAAGGCAUGCAACUUUCUGUUAUCUAAACAACUGGACUCUGGUGGUUGGGGAGAGAGCUACCUUUCUUGUGUAGAUAAGGCUUACACAAAUCUUGAGGGCAACAGGGUUCAUGCAGUGAAUACAAGCUGGGCAAUGCUAGCUCUAAUUGAUGCUGGACAGGGUGACAGAGAUCCAAAACCAUUACACAAAGCAGCCAAGAUAUUAAUAAAUAUGCAAAUGGAGAAUGGCGAGUUUCCUCAACAAGAGAUUAUGGGAGUCUUCAACAAAAAUUGUAUGAGCAGCUAUUCAUCGUUUCGAAAUAUAUUUCCGAUAUGGGCUCUCGGAGAAUAUCGCACUCGUGUGUUGUGCCCUAAAGAACAUAAAAUCUUACCUAAUAUACUGGUAUGAUUGAAAUUAUUAUGAUCAUAAUAAGCCAUUAAAUUGUAAAAACAACUAGUAUCUUGCAUCAUGU